ACCUUUGGGAAGCCAUUCAUCUUCUAGAGCCCUGUGAAGUGGGAGAGCAGUUAUCCUGUAGGCUGAGUGCUGCAUGGUCUUUAAGAGCUUUUCCCCCCUUCCUGGGGCCUUAUGGUUGGGCGGGUCCCAUGCUCUUUCCUUUGUUAGAUCACUCUGAGGAGAACCUGAGUCAGAAGGAAUGGGACGACAGGCUGCUCCCGUUUUUAAGUCAGUCUUUAGUGGCCAUUGAUGAUGACAACUGGCUGCAGCAGCUGGUCAGAGUCGUGUUGAAGAUGAUAACUUCCUUCAGCGAUGAUGGAGACAGAGACGACAAGGCUUUCCUGUAUAAAUUCUUUGGCUUCUCCCUGCGGACCUCAAGGAAUGAGGAAGUGAUCAAGAUGUUGCUGUCUGCCCUGCUCCACACUUCCCAUGAGGAGCUGCAGGACAGGGAGGGCAUUGCUGUGGCACUCAGUUUUUCAUGUCCAGGAAACAUCGGAAGUUAG